AUGUUUGACGCUGCACUAUGGAUCGAGUAUAAUCACUCGUGUCAAGCCGUUCCCACCGAGUCCAAGUGUACGGAAAAUGAGAUCUGGUUCAGUGUCCCGAUACUCACAUUUUCUCUUCUCGCUCUGGUGCUAAAUAUUAUCUGUACUGUAGUAUUUCUCCGUCCCAAACGCCGAUCCCUAAUGCGCCUUAGUCUCCUCUUGCUAUCCACUAGCGAAGUCAUAUUUCACACGUUUAUUUCACUGGAUUACUCGAAUCGAUUAUUUGUUUGCUCAAACGACAAUUCAUCGCACACAGUGUCCCCGUUGCGUCGAAUCCUGGUCGCUGGGAUCAAUUUGGGCGCGGACACAUUGUUAUGCAGUCGAAAUUGGUGCAAUGUACUAAUCACAGCUGCGAGAACGGAAGUUGUGAUUAGCCCGAUUCGAUCGCGUCGCAUCUUCACCAGACGCUCUAUUGUUUUCAUGUAUUUUGGUGUGCUGACUGUGGCCAUUCUGCUCUCGCUUGUACGCAGUUUCUACGAUUACAUUGUGUUGUGUUUACCGGAACCGUCCCCGGAUCGAGGCACAUCAGACCGAAUGAAUGUGUUAUUGUACAGUCCACAUCUAGUGCUUCCAUUGCUGAGUAACGAUGUGAUUUCCAGCUUUGAGGCCUAUUGUUUUUUCAUCUUUCAAGUUAUACUUCCGGUUAUGCUUGUUCUAACCAUGUCCAUUACCAUAGCGUACUAUAUGUCCCCGUGGAAACAUUCCCAAAUUCUGGAGGUCAGUAUGGUACGUCGAAGACAUCAAAUGAACGCAACACGCACAAUCCUGUUAUUGGCGACCACAUUUCUCUGUUUUGAGAUGCCCAGUUUCAUCCUAGUUCUGUUGCAACAUUACACUCGCCUUGUGAGCAGCGAGGAAUCCCGAUUUCGUUACCGAGUAGCUCAGUUGGCUGCUGACUUGUUACUGACCAGUGAUUCCAUUGCAAACAUCAUGAUCUACGGGUUCAAGUUGCCAGAAUUUCGUCGGCAUUUGGCACGAUGUUUGUGUAUAUCACCACCGACAACGGAACAAUCGAUGCUGGAACAUGAUUACUCGCGGACCAAUAUGAGUAUGUUUCGUCGGCUGGGUAGUGUGACCAAAUCCAAUCAUCAGAACUCCUUGCCGUCAGUGCGUGCGAAUGAAUCACAUCGGAGCCAUCAUGCACACGCACAAUCGAAACAACUGCUCCCCCUCGGUGAGACAGUUUGCGCACCCGUGAGCAACGAGAAGAUACAUAGUGCAUAG